UGCUAGAAGGCCGAUGAUAAACAUAGGCAAGGAACCAAACGGUUCCAGGACUUUGGUGAGUGGAGCAUCGCUUCCUUACACGGUUUCCUUUGGACAAAGCGCUGCAAUUUUCACUGUAUUCUCGCCAUUUCUCUAUCAAACGAAGAGAAAAUUUUAAAAGAAACUUAUCACAGCCUCACCUUGCUGACUUCACCCUCUAGGCGCCCUUUACGCGAUACAACAGAAACGCAAGCUCGCACAGAAAGAAAGCGAGCAAUGUUAAGGAUAAUUUCUGUGGCGUCCUCAAUCAGACCUUUAUCAUCCUUCAGGUUCUCUUCUUCUUCCUCCGGAUUUGGUCUUCCUCUCGCCUCGUUCAAUCCUUCUUGGAAGCUCGUUUUCUCUCAUCUAGCUAGUGCUGUCCCGCAGUCGCACUUAUUUGGUUUGAAGGCUUCUAAGUGCUUGAGAGGAGAUGGUAAUGGCAUAGGACUGGUAUCAGCUGGGAAUGUGGCACAGGCAAGCACAAGUGCUUCUCAAGAAAAUGCCCUAGAAUGGGUUAAGAAAGACAAAAGAAGAUUGCUCCAUGUUGUUUAUCAUGUUGGAGAUUUGGAUAAGACAAUUAAAUUCUAUACUGAGUGUUUGGGGAUGAAGUUGCUGCGGAAACGUGACAUACCGGAGGAGAGAUACACAAAUGCCUUUCUUGGUUAUGGGCCAGAAGAUUCUCAUUUUGUCAUCGAACUCACUUACAAUUUUGGAGUUGACAAGUAUGAUAUUGGUACUGGAUUUGGCCAUUUUGGAAUAGCGGUUGAGGAUGUUGCUAAAACUGUGGAACUCAUAAAGGCCAAGGGUGGCAAAGUAACCCGUGAAUCUGGUCCUGUCAAAGGUGGCAGUACGGUAAUUGCAUUUAUUGAAGAUCCUGAUGGUUAUAAAUUUGAACUGCUGGAAAGGGGGCCUACACCUGAGCCCUUGUGUCAAGUGAUGCUUCGUGUUGGUGAUCUUGAUCGUUCCAUAAAUUUUUAUGAGAAGGCCUUUGGCAUGGAGCUGCUCCGCAAAUUUGAUAAUCCACAAUAUAAGUAUACAAUAGCAAUGAUGGGCUAUGGUCCUGAAGAUAAAAAUGCAGUGCUUGAGUUGACAUACAACUAUGGGGUUACUGAAUAUGACAAAGGAAAUGCUUAUGCUCAGAUUGCAAUUGGCACAGAUGAUGUUUAUAAAACUGCAGAAGCAAUUAAGCUCAUUGGUGGUAAAAUUACCCGGGAACCUGGUCCUUUACCUGGUAUCAAUACCAAGAUUACUGCAUGCUUGGAUCCUGAUGGUUGGAAAUCGGUUUUUGUUGAUAAUGUUGACUUCCUCAAGGAGUUGGAGUGAAUUACAGGGGCAUCAUGGAACCAAGCUUGUGACACUGAAAUCUAAACGGAUUGAAAACAAAAUUUUGAAGAUGUUGCUGAGAGUGUAUCCCCAUUUGUUGAUAAGUAUCUUUUGCCGUGAUCAUUGCAAUAAGCAUCCUUGCUGUUAGGUUUGGAACAGUGAAGGAUUUGUUAGAUAAUGAUUUACCUGUUUAAUAUGAUUCCUAAUAUUAUUUUUGCUUCCCGCUUGAAGAAGCUAGUUAUAUGGUAACAGACUACAGAAUAACACCCCCCAAAAAAAAAAAAAAAAAAAGGAAAAAGAAGUGGUUGUCUAUAAGAAACUGUUUCCAAAUUCUUGUGUCUUAAUUUUGGUUGUAAAAUUCUUGAACCAGAGGCUGUUGUCUCCAUUUCUAAUUAUUUUGCAACACUUUAGUUGACUGUAAUUGCCAUUCAUAUCUGAUUUUCUCUGUUAGCAUUAAAUUCCACCCUAAUACAGAGUCGUUUUAUUUACAUUCAGGUGGGGUGGGUUAUCACCGUUAAAAUUAAAUCUCAUGGGCCAGCUAUCAACAAAGAACCGCCAUUCAGUAUCCUGACAAAAGACACAACACAUGCCUUGAGGGAUCACCAAUUCUCUCGCGUUUCCUCCCGAGUUAAGCCAAACAAGUAGAUAAUCAAUAAUAAAAUGAUGUGCACCUAUGUUGACAACACACUAUCACGUCAGCCUCAGCAUCAAGUAGGGCCAUUAGUCAACAAGACAACCAACCAAAUCCUGGGCCGAAUUCCAAAGCUACCCUUGAAUUUUCCUGCUUUAUCCUCUGAACCCAGCCACACUAAUUCCUGUCUGUCGUGUGCUGCCAAGCUAUUAUCUGUGUGGCUUCAAAUUCUUCUCUGAUAUUAUUCUGUCUAAACUUAAACGGAAAAAAAAAAGAUCGUUCUUUGAUCAUACUUACUUUUAUCGCAUCACCAACUCCAAUUACAAAAUCCUAGCUUUUCUUUCAUGAUCUGAUCCAUCGGCCGAUCUUAGUUCGCAUGGAUAGGAUCGUUGGUGGCAAGUACAAGCUCGGCCGAAAAAUCGGUAGUGGCUCAUUCGGCGAAAUUUACCUCGCUACGCAUGUUGAUACGUUUGAGAUCGUCGCUGUUAAAAUUG